AUGGAAUCACAGGGCUCACAUGAGAGGAAGAGAGAUGCUGAACAUCAGAUAGUCUGUGUGUGUGUGUGUGUGUGUGUGUGUGUGUGUGUGUGUGUGUGUGUGUGUGUGUGUGUGUGUGUGUGUGUGUGUGUGUGUGUGUGUGUGUGUGUGUGUGUGUGUGUGUGUGUGUGUGUGUUCAAGAGAGAGAGAGAGAGAGAGAGAGAGAGAGAGAGAGAGAGAGAGAGAGAGACGCUCUGAUCUGGUCAGAGAAACAGAGGAUAAAGAGUAGAAGAGGAGGUGAGUGGAGAGCGAGUAAUGGAGGGGAACAUGGUGGAGUACAUGGAAGAGACCAGGGUGGAGGAUACAGAGGAGACCAGGGUGGAGGAGAGGGUGGAAGGCAGAACAGAAGAACCAGAUUACCAGGAGGAAGAGGAGGAAGAGGAGGAUGAGGAGGAAGAGGAGGAGGACUCCAGGUUAGAGAUCAUUCAGCUGCAGGGCCUGGUGGUGCAGCUGCGCGAGGGGCUCCACUGUGCCCUGGUGGAGCUGUCUGAGCUGCGCCAGAGGACCCAGAGCCAGGAGGAGGGGCUGCGGGCGGACCUCCUGGACGUCCAGCAGGAGAUGAGUGACCUGAAGACCACCGUGAGCGCCUUCAAGGAGGAGCUAGGUGGCGCUGUGCUCCAGGUGAGGGAAGUCUCCUGCAGUCAGAGGGAGGUGCAGAGGAAGAUGGAGCUGCUCCUCACACACCUGGCCCCCAAGAGGAAGAGCUCUAAGGGGGACCUGCUGUCGGGGGAGGGACAUAGCAGUUUGACCAGCCAAUCAGAGCUCAACGUCAUCCAACACUACUUCUCCAGUUUGACAAAUCACAGCAACAGAAGCACUCAGAGUCAGUCCACCUUUACAGUAGUAUAUAUGUGUAUUACAGUAGUAUAUGUGUAUUACAGUAGUAUAUGUGUGUAUUACAGUAGUUUAUGUGUGUAUAACAGUAGUAUAUUAUGUAUAAUAGCGGGUGCAGAGGCCGGCUUCCAGAGAGCGAGGAGAGAGAGGAACGGCAGAGAGGAGGCGGAGCCACUAGGCCACGACACCAACAGCAGGCAGCGUGCGUCUCUGGAGCUGCUGGAGUCGGAGCGCGUCUACGUCUCGUACCUCAGCCUCCUGCUGAAGGCCAACAUCUCCUUCAACGGCUCCGAGGCCCCGGGCCCCAAGGACCAGCGUGUGUUCCCCAGCUCCCUGCGGUUCCUGAUCCAGCAGCACCUCCACCUCCUCCACACGCUCCAGGAGAGGGUGCUGAAGAGCCAGUGGCAAGGCAUCAUGGGGGACGUGUUCAUGAAGCUCACCAGCAAAGAGAGUGACUUCCUGGACCUCUACCUGUCCUACCUGAAGGAGCUCCCGGACUGCCUGGCGCUGGUCGGCCUGCUGACCGCCAGCGCUCACACCGCCGCGCUGCUGGAGUGUGAGGGAGACGAGUCGCGGCCAUCACUCCAGUCGCUGCUGAUCCAACCGGUGCAGAGGAUUCCCCAAUACACCCUGCUACUACAGGCUCUGCUGAGGCAGACGGAGGUGGACCACCCAGACUACUUCCUGCUCCUCGUCUCCAUCCAGCAGUUCAGGUCCUUCACCGCCCAGAACCAGGACCUGCUGGGGGCCAACAGGUCCUCCAUGAAGCAUAUGUUCACUGAGUGUGGCUCCCUGAGUCCCCUGAGCAGCUCAAUGAUAGACCAUGUGACCCAGGUGAAGCGCAGUAAGCAGAGGCUCCUGGAGCAGAUCCAGUCCCGGACCAGGACCCCCUACCAGGACUACCAGGACGACCAGGACUGGGGCCGGGACCCGGACCGGUACCCCCGGGACCGCUGCGGCCCCCUGCCCUACUUCAGCCCGGACCCGGAACCCCGGACCGCCAAGCCCACAGGGUUACGCAGCAUCCCGGAGAGCCACGGCGGGCCAUGUAAGCCCCGCCCGGACCCCCAACCGGGGGCGGCGGGCUCUGCGCUGGCCCAGGCCCUGGGGGAGUUCCUUCUGCCCGGGGACCCCCCCGAGGGGGGCGGGGUCUGCGGGGGGGACGGCGACUCGCUGCACGACGGCUCGCUGUUGGACCGCUGCUCCUCCGGCUCCUCCUCCUCCUCCUCCAUCGACAUCGCCUUCGUCAGGUGUCCCCGCACCUCCUCGGCCCCCCGCCGGGCGCUGGCGGCCAACGUGCCCACGCCCCGCGAGGCCUACGGGGGGGGCCGCCCCAGGGCCUCUCCCCGGGGCUGCGUGUCCCCAGACGAGGCCGUCCUGAGGCGGCACAGCCCCCAGCGCCCCCUGCAGGCCGGCCAGAGGAAGAGCAAGUCUCUGAACGGCCUGCAGCUGGACAGCACGGUGAGCUGUGUGGACGCCGGUCCCGACCACGGCCACCGGAGGGCGCUGGAGAGACAGGGCAGCAGCAAGGGGUGUCCCACCCCAACACGCAGGGGCCCGGUCCACCUGGGGAGCAGCCCCCACUCCCUGGAGCCCGAACUACACAUCAGCAUCCCCCAGGACCCCGCGGGCCAGGCGUGGGGGGAGGAGCCCCGGUGGAGAGGCGGGGCUGAGGAGAUAAGCCACACCCCUCUGAGUGAGCGGGGAAGGAAGCAGGAGAAAGGAGGCUUCAGAAGCUCCUUCAAGAGGCUCUUCAAGAAGAGAAGUGCGGAGGAAAAGAAGGAGAAGAGUGAAACCAGCGAUCAGGACCAGAGACCGGGACCCCUGGAGGCGGUCCGGGGUACUGCAGUGUGAACGCACACACACACACACACACACAAUGUUUUAUUUCCUGUACCACCAUCCUGUUAACUCCACUUUUCUUUGCUAUCAAUGGUCUGUUUAUACCGACCCCUGGUGGUUAGCCAGUGGAACACGGUACUGCGACUCCAAUCACUGCGUUCUUUUUGAAUAUCGUAUGCUUUUAAUCGGACUGUCUCUCUGCUCCGAUCAUUUCCAAUUGUUAAUAGCAGACUGAGGUCAGAAUCCAGAGAGCGCUUCAACUCUGAACGAAUGCUAAAUACAACAUCAAGUAUACUUAUUCAAUAUUUAUGCUUAUUGUUGCAGGGAAAACCUUUCUUUGCCUAUUCACAAUAAAUGACUUCUGUACCAAAGACUGUUUUAUAUGCAGAAUAAACAAUGACGUUGAGUUAACAGGAAGGUUGUCUGAGUAAGAAGGACGAGACUUGUUCUUAGUUUCCUCUUUAAUGUGUUAGCGUUGCCGUCGGUUACACGUCCCAAACAAAAUAUAGGCAAUUAUACAAUAUGUAAAACCAACAGAUUUUAUUUUACACUAUGUACAGAUUAGAAUGUGUGCAUCGCAACAUUAAUACAUCGGGAGAGCGUUAUGACGUCAUUAAAACACCGGAAGAGUGUUAUGACAUCAUGAAAAGAUCGGGAGAGUGUUAUGACAUGAAAACAUCGGAGAGUUAUGACAUCAUAAAAACAUUGGAUAGUGUUUUGAGGAUAGAGCUGAGUAGUGCUGCGGUCUGUACUGUAGUAUUAACACACGCAGGCUCUGGGGUUAAGCAAGGCAGAAUGAGCACUUUGUCUAGCUCAUUAUCUGUUAAUAAGCCAUGUGACCCAUUUGGCUCAUUAAUUGGUUAACGAGGCACUAGCGAUGUGACCCACAUGGUUAGUUAGCUGUUUAACGUUUAGCAGUAAACAUGCCUUGGAGGUCAAAUGGCAAGUUACCUGGUUAACGAGCAUGUGGGUCCGAUGACUAGUUACCUGGCUAACCAGCGAAUAAGCCAUGUGGGUCAGAUGACUAGUUAUCUGGUUAACCAGCUACUACUACUGGUUGACAGGUCAGAGAUGUGGAGACCAUUUAGUCCAGGUCACACCUCCAGCAAAGAAAGGACGUCUAGUGACGGGAGUUUGUGUGAUCGGGUAUCAGACAGAGGGGGUGUUAAACCACAACCCCACGCUGACAGGGGGGGGGGGGAAGGGGGUGUAAACCCACACUGACAGUGGGUUUACACACUUUACUCCACCUCAGUAGUUGGUCCUCGACCCAACGUCCUUCUGGGGACAGAGGUCUGGUUUUCCACCUAUCAGGGGCGCUCCCAGCAGGCCAAGGGCAGACACACACCUUCCUCGUCCACACACACACACACACACAGCAUCCUGUGCAUACACACCUCUUCAUAUAUUAUAUAGACAACAUUUGCUCCUCACCACUUUACGUGUGACCAGCAGUCGUUCCAAUGUCUUAAAAAAACAUAAAAUCUGACGCGAGGCGAAGUAUUAAAA